AUGGACAUUGAUGAUUUCGUUUGCAAUUCUGCUGGAAUGGAUACAGAGACGGAAUCAUUUACACGCGAUGAGCUGCUAAGCGAGGCAAGUGACGAAGCGUUUCUUGAGACUACCGAUGAUGACGGCAGGGAAGAGCUCACACAGAAUGUUGACACUGCUGAAGAGAUCUUCCAGGAAAUAACCACCAAAAAUCGUGUGGAUGCUGUCCGCAAUGUGCUGCUUACGCUAAUGGAUCACCCCGACUUGGAAUACACGCUGAUGAAGGUCCUUCGCACUCUUCAGUCGCGUGUUCGGGAACAUCUUCGAGUUGAAACAGAAGAACCACUUACUCAGACGUCAAUUACCAGCUGUUUUACUUCGACUUCACGCUCAUAA